AGGGGAGGAGUGGAGAUGGCGGCGGCGGCGGCGGCGGCGGCGGCUCAGGGGGGCGGGGGCGGGGAGCCCCGGGGAGCUGAUGGGGUUGGCCCGGGGGUCCCAGGGGAAGUGGAAGUAGUGAAGGGGCAGCCGUUCGACGUGGGGCCGCGGUACACGCAGCUGCAGUACAUCGGCGAGGGCGCGUACGGCAUGGUCAGCUCAGCUUACGACCAUGUGCGCAAGACUCGAGUGGCCAUCAAGAAAAUCAGCCCCUUCGAGCAUCAGACCUACUGCCAGCGCACGCUGCGGGAGAUCCAGAUCUUGCUGCGCUUCCACCAUGAAAAUGUCAUUGGCAUCCGAGACAUUCUGCGGGCACCCACCCUGGAAGCCAUGAGGGAUGUCUACAUUGUGCAGGACCUGAUGGAGACAGACCUGUACAAGUUGCUCAAAAGCCAGCAGCUGAGCAACGACCACAUCUGCUAUUUCCUUUACCAGAUCCUUCGGGGCCUCAAGUAUAUCCACUCAGCCAAUGUGCUCCACCGGGAUUUAAAACCCUCCAACCUGCUCAUCAACACCACCUGUGACCUUAAGAUCUGCGAUUUUGGCCUUGCCCGGAUCGCCGAUCCUGAGCACGACCACACCGGCUUCCUGACAGAAUACGUGGCCACUCGCUGGUACCGGGCCCCAGAAAUCAUGCUUAACUCCAAGGGCUAUACCAAGUCCAUCGACAUCUGGUCUGUGGGUUGCAUUUUGGCUGAGAUGCUUUCCAACCGGCCCAUAUUCCCUGGCAAGCACUACCUGGACCAGCUCAACCACAUUCUGGGUAUCCUCGGUUCCCCAUCCCAGGAGGACCUGAAUUGUAUCAUCAACAUGAAGGCUCGAAACUACCUACAGUCUCUGCCCUCUAAGACCAAGGUGGCCUGGGCCAAGCUUUUCCCCAAGUCAGACUCCAAAGCCCUUGACCUGCUGGACCGGAUGUUGACCUUUAACCCCAACAAACGGAUCACAGUGGAGGAAGCGCUGGCUCACCCCUACCUGGAGCAGUACUAUGACCCAACGGAUGAGCCAGUGGCGGAAGAACCUUUCACCUUUGACAUGGAGCUGGAUGAUCUACCAAAGGAGCGGCUGAAGGAGCUCAUCUUCCAGGAAACAGCCCGCUUCCAGCCUGGGGUGCUGGAGGCCCCCUAACCUAGACAGAUGCCUCUGCUCCCUGGGGCCUGGCCCUGCCUCCUGACUGUCCCUCCCCUGCCGGACUGUUAGAAAAUGGACACUGCGCCCAGCCCAGACCCCGGCAGCCCAGGUCAGGGCAGAGGGUGGGCCUGGCCCCCUCCCCUUGCUUUGCUCAGGCCUCCCACUUCAGGCAGGCCAGGGUUCCCUCCAUCCCCCCCACUCCCAGGACCUGAGAGGCUCAGGUGGCCCCAAAGCAAUUCCCCUCUGCUGCUCUGCCUUCGUCUACCCCAGCUAUCCCAGUCUCUGGUACUUCUGGAAUCACACAGCUCUGGCUGCCCCGGGACCUACUGAGGGGCAGUGGGGGAUGGGGAAUGAGGGACACUGAGUAGGGAUUCAGGGCAAACCCUGCCUGACUCACCUCAUUAAAACCCCACCCCAUUUUCCUUGAAGGAACAUUCCUAAGACUCAAGGAUUAGUAUCCCUGAGGAGUAGGGCCUGGACCUGAACCCCUUUCCCGAAGCUGCCCCAUCUAACACUCCCCGCUGCUUCUGUGUGUGGGUGAACAGAAGUGGAGAUGGGGGCCCGUGGAGAGCCCAGUGCCCCUGCCCACCCCCUGUGCCUGUAUCUAAUAUAUAAAUAUAGAGAUGUGGAUGAUG